AUGGCUGAGAAACGCAAACUGUCUCCUUCAGAUGGCUCGCCGUCUACAAAACGAAUACGGCCAGCUAUCGUCACAGAAGAUGACAUUAGCGAAGACGAGUCGCCUUCAAGGCCGCAAUACCAGCAGCCACGAAGUGACCCUGUGUUUGGCCAAAGGCACGCAUUUCCGGGUUUAGACGAUGUCUCACAUGAUGGAGAGCUCUUCUAUGGCCCGGCAGAUGAUGGUAUUGAGUAUCUGCGGAUGGUCAGAUCUGAAGCCAGGAACCUUCCUGUGUUCUUCGUUGCAAAGGAGAAACUCGAUCCCCAGAUAAAUAAGGACGGUCGCCAUCCUACAAGUGCAGAUGCAUCCUCUAGUGGAACGCCUCAAGAAACGGAGCAAAAAUGGAUAUAUUCGGAUGGCGUCUGUGCGGCAGUAUCAAAUACUGUCCCGGAAAGCCAGCUAGGAGCGGUUAAUUCAGCACCUGAAGACCCUCAGGAACAGUACUAUAUUCUCCUCCGACAUCGGUUUCUUCUCCUACGCUCUACCCUAAAAUGCGUUCCUCCAGCCAAACUCAUCGCCGCUCUCGAUAACUCGCAUCCUAUAUCUUUGCCAGCGGAUAACCCUCGGGCUAGAACAGAAUGGACGACACUAGUUAAAACUGUGGAGCCUCAAAUGGUGCAGCUAGCUUGUAUGGAUCUUGACAGCGUUUUACGGGUUUUACGAAUUGUGACAAGAUCUCUGUCUGAGGCUGCUAAAAGCCCAAGUUGCUCGUGGACCACGAGAAUAGCUGCAUGGGCAUGGGGACUUCUUGGACGAUGUAGAGAUGUGGGUGAGAUGAGCAGCGAAGAAGUUGGUGAGCUGAGAGAUCUGGGAAAGCGAGCGGGAAAGAUAUUAAGUAAAAUCCGUGAGAAGGAAUCCCAGGUUAUGCUCUCGAGUGGAGUAGAGGGUAAGAGUAUAGCUGACAGGCAGAGCUCGGACUGGGAUGAUGGAGAUGAAGCAGAAGAUAUGCAAGAAGAGGCUGGAGAAGACAUCACUGUCCAAGAACAAAAGGACGAUCCCAUCAGAGACGAAGCCAAGGAUAUGUCUGCUGACGCUGAGGAUGAAUCUGAGACUCUAGAGCUUGCUAAGAAAAGGCUACAAGGGAUGCUUUCCAGUAGCUAUGCAGAGGUUUCUGAGUCGGAACAAGCUGCUCCUUCAACUGCCAACGAAUUGGAUACCAACAAGGGACAUCAGUUGCCCAAAAGCGAGUGGAAAUACAACGCCCGCGCAAUGCUUGAUAUGAUAUUGACCAUUGUUGGAGAGUUCUAUGGUCAGAGGGAUCUCCUUGAAUUACGUGAUAUCUGGGAUGAAUGA